UACAGCCACGAUACACAGCCGCUGGAUGAAGAUACCUCAGAACCAUCAUCUAGUGACUCAACAUCAUCAGCGUUUAUCCGUCCAGUUUACGCAAAAUUGGAGUCACUUAUGGAUCUUGUUCCUCGGAUAGAAUUACGGGACGAAACGUUUAUCUGUGGUCGAGGAACGUCAGAGCAAGUGAAUUUCGACUUUGCUGGACUUCGUGACGCGAAGCUGUCUAUUUACAGUAUAAUCAGCAAGCAACACUUCCGUUUAGACCGAGUUGAAGGGCGAACAGUUCUCACCGAUCUCUCAUUCAAUGGGACGUUCGUUAAUCAGAAACUGGUAGGAAAGUUUCAAAAAUACAUGCUCGAUAACGGAGAUGUCAUAAGUUGCGGGCGUGCAGACCUGCACGUUUUCCUAUACGAAGAGAAUUCAUUGGAAACGUACCCUAUUGAGCUGACGAAUAAGUACAUUAUGACAAAAACUUCGCUGGGCAAAGGCGGUUACGGUGUGCCAAAUUGCGUCGAAUUUAUGGACUGGAUUGAGACGGAAAAUACGGCGUAUAUCGUGAUGGAACUCGUGGCUGGUGGCGAGUUGUUUGAUCGAAUUGUGGAUCAGAAAUGGAACGGCAUGGGUUUCGGUGAAGAGCUGUGCAAGUUUUACGGGUGGCAACUUCUCAGUGCGGUGGAGUACCUCCACGAUCGCGGAAUCACACAUCGUGACAUAAAACCGGAGAACAUUCUAUGUAUGACGAAAGAGGACUACACUCUUGUUAAGUUGGCAGAUUUCGGACUUGCAAAAGGAAACGACGCCUCAACAUUGAAAACUUAUUGUGGAACACCAGCUUACAUGGCGCCUGAGAUGAUUGAUAAUGAUCGGUUGCCGUAUAACCCAAAAGUGGACAUUGUGGAGUCUUGGGUUGUGUUGUUCACUGGUAUUUGUGGAUAUCCGCCCUUCAGCGAUGAUUACGCUGAUAUGGAUUUGAAAAGUCAGAUAAAA